CACAAGAGUCCACUCUUCAGAGGACUUCCUGACUCAAUGUGUUUGUGACAUGGUGCCAGCCGGCUGGCUCGGACAACGUCUUCAGUACGAUGUAGACUCUAAGGACGAGGCAGCAGAACACUAGAGACGACUCCAUCAGGAGAUCAGGAAAACUGAACUCAGCUGUCUUUUCUCUGAAGGGGCCACACACUGUCCCCCGUCCACAAGAAAAGGAUCAAGACCUCAGCUCCUCGGCCUACGACGUCUGUGUGGAGAUCUGCCGAGCCACCAUGUGCCAUGUGAUCGUCACCUGCCGCUCCAUGCUGUGGACCCUGCUGAGCAUCGUGGCUGCGUUUGGAGAGCUCAUCGCCUUCAUGAGCACCGACUGGCUGGUAGGAUAUCCCCGCACGCCUGACGCCAUCUUCGGUCCCCACGGGGCGUCCGCAGCCGGCGAGGCCUACAGACCCACAUUAGGCAUCUACGGCCGCUGUAUCAAGCUGCCCCACACGCAGCAGGGGGUCCUGUGUGGACCGUACGCCAUCCACUUCGGGGAGAUCGCCAGCGGGUUCUGGCAGGCGACCUCCAUCUUCCUGGCUGCAGGGAUCCUGCUGCUGUGCGCUGUGGCCUUCAUCUCCGUCUUCACCAUGUGCUUCCAAAGCAUUAUGAAGAAAAGCAUCUUCAAUGUGUGUGGACUGCUGCAAGGGAUCGCAGGGCUGUUCCUCAUCCUGGGCCUGAUGCUGUACCCCGCUGGCUGGGGUUCAGACAAGGUGCAGCUGUUCUGCGGUCCAGACGCCGCUCCGUACCGGGCCGGACUUUGCUCUAUGGGCUGGGCUUUCUACACUGCCAUGGGCGGCACCGUGCUCACCUUCAUCUGCGCCGUCUUCUCCGCUCAGGCCGAGAUCGCCACGUCAAGUGACAAGGUCCAGGAGGAGAUCGAGGAGGGCAAGAGUCUGAUCUGCCUCCUCUGAGCUCCACCGACAUUUGUCCAGAGAAGAAGAAUGGACCCGAGGCAGCUUAAAGGGAUGUUCUGACCAUUUUCAAGCUGUGUUUUGUCACGUAGUUAUCAAUAGUUCGUAUCAGUGAAGUCAGUCAAAGAUGUGGUGUCACAGACAGUCGGGCUGCUGAUAACCAUCUGUCCCGUUGAUCUUCUGCUCGUCAUGAAGCAGCCAUGAGUCUGAGGCUGC